AUGGCAUUCCGUAUGCUAGCAUACAAUGCUCCUGCUGAUUCUCUGGAUGAGUGCCUCCAGCUUGGAGAGAGCACCAUCAUUGAGAGCAUGAGGUGGUUUGUUCAUGUCAUCAUCGAGAUAUCCGGCGAUGAGUACCUCCGUUCUCCGAACGAGGAGGACAUUGCUUGCUUGCUUACUAUCAACGAGCGAAGAGGGUUCCUCGGGAUGCUGGGAAGCAUUGACUGCAUGCAUUGGAGGUGGAAGAACUAUCCGACUGUGUGGUCAGGUUAUUUCACCGGCCAUGUCAACGCAUCGACGAUCAUUCUAGAGGUGGUGGCGUCGGAGGACCUGUGGAUUUGGCAUGCCUUCUUCACAAUGCUAGGUCCUCUGAACGACAACAAUGUUCUGCACUGCUCACAUCUCUUCGAUAAUCUUGCCACUUGUGAGCCCCCAAGGUACAAUACUCUAUUAAUGGACACCAUUACACCAUAG